UUUGUAUAUUUUUUUGACUUAAAAACAAAGAAAGUCACGGUUGGCAUUGGGCAAGUCUUAAUACGGUAACAUACAGAGACUUGGCCAAAUUCUUUCUUUCUGGGAUUGAAUUUUUCACGCAAAACCCACAAACCCCAAACAAUAAUCAAAUUGAAAAGCUUUUGAAGUUUUUUUGUUUUCGCAAUUCGCACCAAUACCAUCUUUCAACAAGAAAUUGUAGCUGUUGCUGCUUCUGAUUCAGCAUUUUUUCUUUUUGGAAUACACAAAGUAUUUGUGAUCUUUGGAGGAGAAAUAAUUGAGAAUGGAGGAAGCAAUGGCGGCAAGGUAUUGGUGUCAUAUGUGCUCACAAAUGGUGAAUCCCAUAAAUGAAGGCGAGAUCAAAUGCCCAUUAUGCCAGAGUGGGUUUGUUGAAGAAAUGAGUAACACCACUACUGUUAGCAAUAUGCUGGAAGCUCCUGAUUUCGGCCCUGACCGGACACUUUCCCUUUGGGCUCCCAUAUUGUUAGGCAUGUUGAGCAAUCCGCAUAAUCGUCGAAGGCCUAGGCGAUUAGAGCUCGAUGAUGAUGAUAACGACAACCAUGAUGAUCAUAAUGGUAGUGGUAAUAAUGGUAAUGCUACAAGUAAUGGUAAUGGUAACGGCAACGAUAAUGGUAAUGCUUUUGCACGCCUUGGUGGAGAAAACGAAUAUGAUCGUGAGCUCGAGUCUAUCCUUCGGAGAAGAAGGAGAAGCUCAGCUACCAUACUUCAAUUGCUCCAAGGCAUUAGAGCUGGCCUGGCAUCUGAACUGAAUGAGAACACUGAUGGUGAUGGCAAUGGUAGGGAAAGAGAAAGAGAAAGAGAAAGAGACAGAGAGCGUGUAAUCUUGAUCAAUCCUUUUAAUCAAACUAUUAUUGUUCAAGGUUCCUAUGACUGGAACCGCGGUCAAGGUGAUAAUCAUACACCCGUUGGUUCUCUGGGUGACUAUUUCAUUGGUCCUGGUUUGGAUUUACUGUUGCAGCAUUUGGCCGAGAAUGAUCCCAAUAGGCACGGAACUCCACCGGCGCAGAAGGAGGCCAUUGAAGCAUUGCCUACCGUGACAAUUGACGAGAAUAUGCAAUGUUCUAUUUGCCUUGAUGAUCUUGAAGUUGGUUCUGAAGCCAAACAGAUGCCCUGUAAACAUAUGUUUCAUAGUGGAUGUAUCCUUCCUUGGUUGGAGCUCCAUAGUUCUUGUCCGGUUUGCAGGUAUCAGUUGCCCGCUGAUGAAUCUAAGCACGAACCGGAUGCGUCCUUGAGGACUAGCAGUAAUCAAAGGGAGGAUGAAAAUACUGGACAUGACAAUGUUGAUGGGGAUAUUGAAGGAAGAAAUGCAAGUGGGAGUAGAAGAUUCUCCUUUCCAUGGCCUUUCAAUGGUUUAUUUUCUUCACCAAACCCUUCAGCAGCAUCUUCUUCUAGCAACAAUCCAAAUGGAGAUAAUGUUACUCGAUCAGAAGAGAACUGAUUAGCAUUCAAUCUCUAAUGUACAUAUCUCUGAUACUAAUCAGGAAACUUAAAUGUUGAGAGAUUAAGAAAUGAUGUCUCCUGACCUGAGUAUGCUUUUGCCAUAUUUUUGCCCCCUUUUUUGGCUCCCUAGUAUUGUCGUUGUUGUUGUAUUACCCUUGUGUUUUACCACCCAACUUGAUAUAUUUUGUAUAAUUUCUUAUAGGGGGUGUUAUUUUUCCCCACAUAUUAAUGCAAGAUAAAUAUACUUAUACAUA